GAAAACUGUGUUUUGAAAAUAAAACAAGUUGGCGUUCAUCGGAAAACGGUUCCUGCUCGUUAUUUUUAUUUGUGAGAUUAUUCCGUUCAUAGUUCCGGUUUGAUGACUUCGUCUCAGGACGCGUGUUACAUCUCCUUAUUGGGAUUGGCCGAAUACUUUCGGACUUCGUCACCGCCGAACAUAAAGAAAUGCAUUCAGUGUUUGCAAGCUUUGUUUACCUUCAAGCCACCGCUAAAAGUGGAAGCCCGGACACAUCUGCAGCUGGGCCAGAUUCUGAUGGCCUAUACGAAAAACACCGACCUGGCCAGGAACCAUUUGGAACAGGCAUGGAUGCUUUCGGAAAAUAUCAACAAUUUUGACGAUGUAAAAUUUGACACAGCGAGCCUGCUGGCACAGCUUUACCAACAGCAGGAACAAAGUUCGCUUGCCAAACCGGUUCUUCGGAAAGCUAUCGAACUGUCUCAGCAUAACGUAUACUGGCAUUGUAAAUUGCUGUUCCAAUUGGCGCAAACACACGCAACGGAUAAGGAAUAUGCACUUGCUUCUGAGCUGCUCGCCGUCGGUGUAGAAUCAACGGAUGAGUCCAAUGCAACCUAUUUGAAAACGUUAUUUCUCCUUAGCCGGGCUAUGAUCAUGAUGAUCGAAAGAAAAAGCAGCGAUGUUCUGGCCAUAUUAAACCAAGCGGGAGCUAUAAUCGACACUGCCGUUCAGAACAAUCACCUCAAAGAGUACUUGAAGGUCUUUUUCUAUGUCCUUCAAGUCUGUCACUAUUUGCAACUGGGCCAAGUAAAGACGGUCAAAACAAGUCUCAAGCAGCUGCAGCAAAGUAUUCAGACAAUUAUGGCCCCCAAUUGGCCAACAGAUGAGCAAAUUUUCGGUCAAAACAACACGGAGAUGUUUAUGUGGCUGCCGAAAGAGCAGCUUUACGUGUUAGUCUAUUUGGUCACUGUGUCACACUCGAUGAUGGCCGGCUACAUGGAUAAGGCCCAAAAGUACACUGAGAAAGCAUUAACUCAGAUCGAGAAACUAAAAUCUCAAGAAAACAAACCAAUCCUGGCGGUGUUCCAAAUUAUCCUCCUGGAACACAUCAUCAUGUGUCGUUUGGUAAUGGGCAACAAAUCACUUGCAAUCAAGGAGAUCGCUUUGGCCAAGGACGUCUGUCUGUCGUCGUCGAAUAAAUUCCUACUCAAAAAACAUUCCGCUCAAUUGCACUGCCUUCUUGGCCUUUAUGCAAUGUCCGCCAGUUACUUCGAACAUGCAGAGAGACAAUUUUUCACCUGCAUUAACGAAACAACAGAGCGCGAUCUGAAGCUGUUUGCCAAUCUUAAUUUGGCUAUCGUUUAUCUGCGGAUGAAGCGUGAACAGGACUUACGACAGAUUUUGGAGCAGGUCCAACAGGAAAACUCGCAGUGCUCUAACAGCCAGGCUCUCAUGGGUAGCUUCUACUAUGUGCAAGGAUUGAACGCUUUCCACAAGAGCAGUUUUCAUGAAGCUAAACGUUUCCUGCGUGAAACUCUUAAGAUGGCGAACGCCGAAGAUUUGAACCGGCUGACCUCAUGCUCGCUUGUGCUGCUUAGUCAUGUUUUUCUCAGCAUCGGCAAUUCGAAAGAAAGCAUGAAUAUGGUGACCCCGGCAAUGCAGCUGGCGUCUAAAAUCCCCGACAUUCACGUACAGCUGUGGGGCAGUGCCAUUCUUAAGGACUUGCAUCGGAUGCUCAAAGAGCCUGCUCUGGAAACAGAAGCGUACAACAACCACUGCAACUUCUCGCAGAACCUGAUUGCCGACCAGAUGAAAUGCACUAAGUUUCCGGAGCAUACGCUCAUUAGCUGGGUUCAGGGUGAUCCACCGUUACCGAUGUUGAGCCAGGAAUUGCUGGAGACGCCAUCCGCUGGUACACUUCAGCAACAAACGGCAACCGUGGUUCGUCUGUCCGGGCAGCCAGGCCAACAGGUUAUUUAUCAGUGAAUAAUGACCAAUGGUUUGACGAUCGAUAUACAAUUGUGAAUGUAAGUAUUUGAUUAUUUUUUUCAGCGUCGCGUUAUGCAAAUACUGGCAUGCAAGAGACUUCUAUUACGAUUUACAAUUUAAAUGUUUGCAGUGUAACAAUG